UGACAAGUUGGUAUCAACCGACGUAACAGCGAGUGGCCAUCAUUGCAGUGCUCAGGAAUAUUUCAAGCAAAAGAAGUAUACCGAUCUUGAGGACUACAACUGUGUGUGAUAUAUAUAAUUUCAAGUGAAUCAAAAAGUGUGUUUUAUCAUCAAAAAGAGAAAAAAACAAAAGAUGAAUUUAAUUUUUGUAACGCUUUUGGCAACAAAGCUUUUACUAAGUUCUGCUUAUCCAGCUGACGGCCUUGUCGAAAUUGAAAAACAAAGGCUGGUUAAAUUUCCAGAAGAAACUUUUCGAUUUGAAGAUGAUAACGAACAAAAAUCGUCCGAAGCCAAACGAAUUUUAGAAGAAAUCAAUAAAAUCAAUGUUGCAUUGGGCUAUGUCAAGAAACAAGAACAAAGUCCCUCACCAUCUCUCCUCGAUUCAAAUCAAUUCCUCUUCCCAAAACCUGCAUAUCAUCCAUUUCAUUCGCAAUCUAUAAAUAGUGGCAUUCUUCAGCCAUCAAUUCGAAAUUUGAACUAUUUCAGAAAUUCCUAUCCUCCUAAUCUAAGCUCCAAAUCCAUUAAAUCUCCUGAUUCUAAGCUUUACUUCUAUAAUUAUCGACACCCCGAUGAUUUGGAAACUGAUUUCCAAAAACCAGUUAAACAAUUUAUAGUUCCAACACAAAAUGAUAACAAUCUUCGUGAAUUUAAACUUAUCGACUAUAAAGUUGUGGGAGAUUACCAAGAAACUCCUAGAAAUACACAAGAAAAACGUUUGGAACCCAAACUGCGCUUGUAUUUUGUUCCGCGUCAGCUGAACGUUAACGAAAAAUCAAUGGACUAUCAUAAGAACGAAAAAUUGAUUAAAAUUGAAAAAUUGCCAACUAUUCGACCAUUUUCGAAGUUAUCAGCAGAAAAACAAAAGCUUAACACAAAACCUCAAGUUUCCAUUGGUCAAAAAUUUAUUACUUCACCUUCAACAACGACAACAACAACUCAGGCACCACCAACUGAGUCAUUGAAAACACACUUCGGCGGAUUUUUCAAACGUCCUAGUUCAGUGAACGCACAAAAUGUAGAAGUUAAGCCAGUCUUACAAUCUGUUCCGCUAGAGUUGCCACAAUAUUCACAACAACAAGUGAGACCCGAUGCAGUUACAAUUGAUAACUAUGAUUCAGACUCAUCGGAAGAAGGUGAUUACCCCCAAGAUAACGAAAAACACAUUUUCGCCGGACUACGCAAGCCUGAUAUGGCCGAAGUACAGAAAGAGGCUCUCAAAGAAAGUGGAAUCAUAAUACAGCGACUUAAGGUUCGAAAAGGCGGUAUAGCUAUUGCUGGCCCGGGUGGUGUUGCUACUGCCGGUAGUGGGGGAACUGCUAUUGUUGGUCCCGGUGGAUAUGCUCUAACUCAUCCUAGAAGUCUUACAAUUGCUGGUCCUGGUGCCAAAAUUAUCGCCGUUCCAGAAUCUACUGACUUAAAAGACGCCCUCCAACGAACAAACUCUGGCAGAAGUUUUACUGAUGAGGGCCAAUUAGUGGCUACCGGUCCGAUUGUCUAUUAUUCACCAGAUGAUAAUAGCCAAAUUCUAUAAUAAAUAUAAUUUUAGUUUUAAAUAAAAUAAAACAAUUAAAUUUAGUACAAUUCUCAGAGUAGGCGUAUUUUUAAG